CCCCCUAGUGAGGGGUGGCCCGGCCCGGCUCGGCUCAGCCGGGGGACGCGGCUCCGGCCGGGCCUGGCUCGGCGUAGGGGAGGGCCCGAUUCGGCCGGGCCCGGCCGCGCCUGCUCGGUGCGGUGCGGUGCGGCCAUGGCGGGGUUGGAGCUGCUGUACUGCUGCGCUCAGGCCGGCAUCUCCUGCCCGCAGGAUGCGUUGGUUUGCGGGCUCCACUGGGAGCUGAUCCAGCACGGCUACCGCUGCCUCGGCGCCGGAGAGCAGCCAGGUCCUGAUGAAAGGAAGUCAGAGCUGCUGCCUGCUGGCUGGGGAGCCAACAAGGAGGUAUAUACACUGCGCUACAAGUCCACAGACGAUGCCCGGGAACUGCUGCUGAAGGCCAUUGUGGUGGAAGACAGCAUGAUCCUCAAUGUCAUGGAUCGUGCUUCUCAGAAGGUGGCAGACGUGACCUUGGCGGUGGCUGACUACAUCAACCCAGAGCACCUGAAUGAUUUCCACAGGGUCUACAAGAACAUGGAUGAGCUGAGGACAAGGAUUGCUUCAGGUAUCAUCGCUCCCCUCGGGGUCCCCACAGAAGAGGCCAAGAAGGAGUCCCAGCCGGAGAAGAAGGAUCCUGUCUUGCCCCAGGAUUAUAACCCCCUUGGGAUCCCUCCCCGGCACCCUGCAGGCACGAGAGCACCAUCCUGGCCUUCUCCUUUGAACCCCUUUGCUGUUGGUGGGCAGGACCUGGACCCUUUGGGCGGUCAGAGUGGAGGAAUGAUCGUUGAUCCUCUCCGGUCUGGGUUCCCGCAGCCUGGCAUUGACCCAUCAGCAGGUCUCCCCAGCCGCCUUCCCCCAGGAGCAGUUCCACCAGGAGCCAGAUUCGACCCCUUCGGCCCCUUAGGGGCUGGUAGGGCCGGGCCAGAUCCCGACCACCUCCCACCUCCAGGCUAUGAUGACAUGUUCAUGUGAGGAGUCACUGAGUGGUUUCUCAGCCGGCUGCAGCCAGAGCAGACUCCUGGGGAGAAGAGCACUUUCCCCUCUUCAUUCCCCUCUUUGGUGGACUUUGAUCUUUUCAGCAGCGAUUUUCCUCUUCCUGCUCAGGGCCAUGUUCCUGUGCUUCAGACUGGCUAUAAAGGUUUCCAUAUGUGCAGAACAGAAGAGGAGGCAAUAGGUCCAUUUCUUUCUAUGCUCCUCCGAGAGUGGGUGGCCUUGGGCACGCAGCAGACAUGGGCCUGCCCUGUGCCAUGGCAGCAUGGGGAGCAGUGUGGCGUGCUGAGAGCAGCCCUGGGCUUUGAGGUUUCCUCCUCUCCUCCAGGGUGGCAUCGCUUUUGCUGCUGGGAUUAUGCAUGCAGUCAGUGGUAAGGAGGGAGCUGGCUUCUUGCCGCUCCCAUGCUGGGGAGCUGCAAUAGCCCCGCUGAAAGCAUCAGCCGGAGAAGGCUCCCCAUGCAGAGAUGGUUUCUCUCUUGCUCUUUAUCCAAGCAGAGGGCUGACCAGCAUGGAGGGCUGAAGCCCAUCUCAUAGGGUCUUUGUGGGCAGACCCCCAGUAGUGGCUCAGGUGGGCAUCUGCAUGGGCGUGCACACUGGAUGUGAAGGGCUCCAACAGCAAAGCCUUUAACAUGCAUGAGAAGAGACAUACAGUGAAUUCCUGGCACUACCUGGCCCCCUGUAGCCAUGCUGUCCUUCAUUCCUGGGGAUGCGUGCCAAACCCACAGGUGGUAUGGAGGGCUGCCCAUUGGGCAGCGUGCGGGGUUGGGGUGGAACAGAGGGGGCUUGGUGCCCACCUGAGCUCUGGGUCCAGCACUGUCUCUCUCUGUGCCUGGUGGAGCUGAAGGAUUUGGGGCUUUGCUCUGCAGUGGGUUUAUAGGAACACGCUUGACUACUGCCAGUCCCAUGGCAUGAGACUUGUGUGGUUCUGCCCAGCUGGACUCUGUGCUGCCAUCACCAAACAGCUUGUGGAGGAAGGGUCAGGUUUCUCAGCUCUUUCUGGAAACCCUUCCCUGUCCUGCAACUCCCCCUGUGUCAGAUAAGUUGGGGGCUGGAGCCCACCUGGAGUUCAAACUAUAUCUUCUUCUCGUGGUUUGAUUUCUUGGAAGGAUGUUCAUGAGUUUGAAAUAAAAAUCUGACAACA